AUGAAACUUUCAUCAUACCACUCAGUAAACAAUGCUGCAAUCAUCCUAGCCUUGGUUGGUUUUUAUAAAAAAAAGGGAAGCUUCUUCACAUUUUUAUAUGCUGUUGGGUUUUCUGACUUACAUAUCAACAGAAGGGGCAUUUUAUGGCUUCCCGUAGAGUUCGCACUGGCUGGCAGGCCUGUUGUUGCAUGUUUUGUAAAACACGAGCUUGGCCAUGUUGCACUCAAACAGAGGUCCCAAAAGAGCUCCACCAAUCUCAAUGUGAACCAGCAUCCACAUCUUGUCGAAUACGAGUCAGAACCCAAGGCAUAUCCUCGUGGUUCGUGGCGUCACAGCAGCAGUAGUAGCAAGGAUAUAUCGCCGGAUAAUUCAUCGACGGAUAACGAGCUGUGGCUGUCGGUUGGGGAGGAUAUAGCAGCUCAUAAGAUAUUCCGGACAACGCCGGAGCAUUUAGACGGUCGUUCAUCCUCCAGGAGUAGUAUCAGCCCACCGUCGCCACCUAUGCUAUAUUCGCAACAUCAAAAGAGAGUUUCGGAAGACUCCACUGGAUCUGGCAGGCCAAUCUUCUUUGCAAGCUCUCGACGUGGUUCCAAAGGAUCCAACCAAGAUUCGAAAAGCGAAACUUCUUGCUAUUCCCAGCAGCAACGGCAUUCUAUAAACGUUAUUGAAACACACUCUACAAAUCGAGAUGAAUUUUCCAGAAAGAGCUCUUUGACACACUCCGAGGAAAGCGGCUUUUUCAGGAGGGAUUCUAAAUCUGGAGGUUCUAGCAGUUGGAGGACAGACCAGGAAUCAAGUUCGGCAACAACUAGCAGAGGAGAGAAGUCAUCCGCUUCAAUGGAAGAGGUGUUGGAAUCCCUUCUUGCCAUACCCCCUUCGAGUUCCCGAUCAUCAAGCCCUACCUCUCCCCGUAGAUCACGUGGCCCAGGAAUGCAUAUGCCUCAUCGUCAGUCAUAUCCAGGAAUGCGAACGUUCCCAACGAGCACUUCAACUCAGGACGAAUCUCGCUUUAAAGAGAGCGAGGAAAAUAAUCAAACUGUCAGCACUAGCAGACCCGCUAGACCAAAAUCUGCUCAAUGCGCAAGCGAUGAUCAACGAGGUAAAGAAGAUGUCAGCCAGUCAGGAAACGAUCAGGGUAAGACCUUCGAUGACCGCCUUAAAUUCCCAUCAUUUCCCAGUAGAAGUACUUCUACCACCGCUACUCAGAAACCUUCCCUUUCUUCUCCUUUGGAAGAGGUGAACCUUGGUUCCUUCUGUCGCAGCAGCUCCACCUCUCCUCUGGAAGAUGACAUCCAGUCUCCGACAAGUAUGGAAGUUCUAGUCCCGGAAGGUGAAGAGCAAGAACUGUCUUCCAUCAUAGAAGAAAUAUGCUGCGUGCUUUAUUUCGAGGACUCAAAAGAAGCUAUGAUUGUAGCAUGGAAAUAAGAAGGAUUACUUUUUAUGGAUAUUCUCGGCUAAACUGUUUUAGCUCUCACUCAUGUGAUUUGGGUACAUAUAUGAUUAAAUAAACACGAUUUAGAAUAGAAUAUGAUCACUCUGAGAAGUAUUAACUGCAUUUGUUUCACUUUCGCAAUAUAUGCUGAAGAAUACGGCAGAAAUUAUUUUUGAAAACUCAUAAUGUUAAUUUAUAUGUAUUUACAUACAUACCAUAUAAUUGUUGUAUACUAAUUAUGCAAAAUGUAUUUCGGAGAAUGUACUGGUUUAGUUUAUUUUCAUGUCAAUAUUAUUUCAGUAAUGAAAAAAAUUAUGCGCACUUGUUUUACAAUAAAAAUAAUAAUUGUUAAAUAUAAUGUGGCAGCACUGCUUCUUGUAAAUCCCUUCCGUUUCUCAAUCAAGUGGGAACGACGUGUACAAACCAGAAGCCUUCAAUUUCGUGUCUGUCAGUUCUAAUGUUAAAAUAACUAUGUUAUUCUGUGAUAUAUGCAACUAUUUAUAUAAUACAUAUAUAUAAAUAUUAGUGACGUGUGUUUACAGUGUUGUCUAUGUUAUAUUAAUCAAUAUUGCUGUUAAAGAUGAAGUUGAAAUUUGUGUGAUAAUGGUAAUAAGUAUUAUAAUGGCUUGAAAAAGAAUUCUUCCUUUCAAAGUCGAUCACUUAAAUGUUAUUAAGCCUCAAUAAGAAAAGGAUUUUCAUUUAUAAUUUUACUUUAUAUGAAAUUGAUAUUUAAGAUUAAUCUUUUGAAAUGUUUUAUGAACAUAAAGGCUGUCAGAAUCAUUCUAAGUGCACAUUUUGAAGAAGAAUUCUUUUGGAAUACAUAUGCAAUCUUUUGAUAUGUACAUUACCAAUUUGUUGUUUAAUAAUUUAAGAAUAUUAUGUAUUAAAAUCAUAAAAUGAAUGAA